CAACAGCUGAGCCGUCUGGGAAGGCAUCCAUCUGAACUGUAUCCAAUACUCCAAAAUCACUGUGUCCAACAAUUAAGAUAUGGCAGAAGUGAAGUCAAUGUUCCGAGAAGUUCUUCCAAAACAAGGGCAGUUGUCUGUAGAAGAUGUAACCACAAUGGUGCUGUGUAAACCCAAACUUUUACCCUUAAAAUCUCUGACUCUAGAAAAACUGGAGAAAAUGCAGCAAGCCGCACAGGAUACAGUUCGCCAACAAGAAAUGGCAGAGAAGGAACAACAGCAAAUAACUGACUGAAUGAUGAUUUAGCACUUCCAUGAGCACCCCACCAUUUAAUAACUAGAAAAUAAUCUGCAUCUGUAUGCCGAAAAUAGUAAUAAAACCAAUAGUAUUCAUAUAAAUAAUACAAAAAUACCCAAGGCUGAUGAAACCUAUAUUGUGAAUUUGUAAAUUUUGUUUUCUGUUGAACACAAAACUUCAAACCAAAUUUUACAGUUUGUUUACCUGCAUGUUUAGAAUUGUAAAUUAUUGUUCAACAUUCCUAUUGCUGUCAGUUUUAUGGAUAACAUUCUUAGGCCCAAGUAUCUAAAUGCGACUUUCUGUAUACAGAGGCUCAUCACACUUCUAUUAAAAGCCUGCGUUUGAAGAUACAUUCUCAUCUUGAACAAGAUAUGCAUGCUGGGCUUUUAUGUUACCUAACAUGUUUUACCAAUUUUAUGCAUCAUUACAUCUUUAAAGCUAUCUUGCCUGACCAACUGAUCCUAACCAAUGACAAAACUGUUUAACAAAUUUGAUUUUAAAAAAACCCUCACCUAUUCUGUAUAGUCGCCUAUAAUUUUAGUUAAGCUAAUUUUUUAAACUUAAGAAUUAUCUGGCUAUCUGGUUCUUUCUGAUGUAAGGAAAAUGUUCAGAGAUAGAUUGUGGUGAUGAACGCAUAACUAUGUUAUCAUACUGUGGACAG